GGUGGGGGGGUGGGGGGAGACUGUUGCAGGCAGGGGAAGGCGUGACCUGCAUGGAGAAUGCCAGACAACUCCAGAGACACACUCGCACACUCACAAAUCUCCGAACAAAGAUAAGGCACGGAGCGCGGACCGUUGGGAACCAGGCAGCCUUCCUCCCCAAAAUCCCCCCCUUCCCCACCCCUCUCCUUUCAAACACAUCGGGAGAGACCCACGGGAGCGAGAUGAGGUACCUUCUGGCCUGGUCCCUCUGUGCCUUGCUGCUCUGCAGCACAGAUGCGGUCGAUCUGACGGAUAUGUUUGGGGAGAUCCAAUCCCCUAACUUCCCAGAUUCCUACCCCAGUGACUCUGAAGUGACUUGGAAUAUUUCAGUGCCGGACGGAUUUAGGAUCAAACUGUACUUCAUGCAUUUUGACCUGGAAUCAUCCUACCUCUGCGAAUAUGACUAUGUGAAGAUCGAGGCUGAAGACCAAGUCCUGGCAACUUUCUGUGGCCGGGAGACGACCGACACGGAGCAAGCCCCUGGGCAGCAAGCCAUCCUGUCCCCUGGCUCCUACAUGGGGCUCACGUUCAGAUCCGACUUCUCCAACGAGGAACGCUUCACGGGCUUCGAGGCCCAUUACACAGCGGUGGAUGUGGACGAGUGCCUGGAGAAGAGCGAUGAGGAGCUGGCCUGUGACCACUACUGCCACAAUUACAUCGGGGGGUACUACUGCUCCUGCCGCUUCGGCUACAUCCUGCACUCUGACAACCGCACCUGCAAAGUGGAGUGCAGCGACAACCUCUUCACCCAGAGGAGCGGGGUGAUCACCAGCGCCGACUUUCCCAACCCGUACCCCAAGAGCUCCGACUGCCUGUACCGUGUCGAGCUGGAGGAUGGCUUCUUCAUCACCCUGCAGUUCGAGGACAGCAUCGACAUCGAGGACCAUCCCGAGGUCUCCUGCCCUUACGACUACAUCAAGAUUAAAGCUGGCCCUCUGGAGUUUGGGCCUUUCUGUGGGGAAAAAUCCCCGGGACGUAUUGAAACGCAGACCAACAGCGUCCAGAUCCUGUUCCACAGCGACAACUCGGGCGAGAACCGAGGGUGGAAGCUGUCGUACACGGCCACCGGGAACCUGUGCCCUCUCGUGCAGCCUCCCAUCAAUGGGAAGAUCGACCCCUUGCAGGCACGGUACACCUUUAAGGACCAGGUGGUCAUCAGCUGCAACCCCGGAUACAAAGUGCUAAAGGGCGAUGUGGAGAGCGACACCUUCCAAAUCGAGUGCCUGAAGGAUGGGACGUGGAGCAACAAGGUCCCCAUCUGCAAAAUGGCCGACUGCCGAGCCCCGGCGGAGCUGGAGCACGGGUUCAUCACGUUCACCUCGAGGAGCAACCUCACCACCUACCGCUCCGCGAUCCGGUACUCCUGCCAGCGCCCCUACUACCACAUGGCCCCCAACGUCACCGGCAUGUACACCUGUGAUGAGAACGGGGUCUGGAGGAGUGAGGAGCUGGGGACCAAGCUGCCGUCCUGCCAACCAGUGUGCGGCCGGCCCGCUCGCCCCUUGCCCGGCAUCAUCAAGCGCAUCAUCGGCGGGCGCAACGCGGAGCCCGGCUCCUUCCCCUGGCAGGCCCUGAUCGUGGUGGAGGACACGUCCCGGGUGCCCAACGACAAGUGGUUCGGCAGCGGGGCCCUGCUCUCCGACUCGUGGGUGCUCACGGCGGCCCACGUCCUCCGCUCCCAGCGCCGGGACAACACGGUCAUCCCGGUGUCCAAAGAGCACGUCACCGUCUACCUGGGCCUCCAUGACGUGCGGCGCAAGACGGCCGCGGUCAACCGGACGGUGGAGAAGAUCGUCCUGCACGCAGGGUUCGACAUCCAAAACUACAACCACGACAUCGCCCUGGUCAAGCUGAAGGAGAGGGUGGCCAUGGGGCCCCACGUCAUGCCCGUCUGCCUGCCUCAGUUCGAGCGCGAGCUGGAGGGGCCGCACCCCAACACCUUGGGUCUCGUGGCCGGCUGGGGCAUCUCCAACCCCAAUAUCACCGUGGACGAGAUCAUCAGCUCGGGCAUGCGGACCCUGUCCGACAUCCUGCAGUACGUCAAGCUGCCAGUCGUCCCGCACGCCGAGUGCAAGGAGAGCUACGAGUCCCGCUCGGGGAACUACAGCGUGACCGAGAACAUGUUCUGCGCCGGCUACUACGAAGGGGGGAAAGACACGUGCCUGGGCGACAGCGGGGGAGCCUUCGUCAUCCAGGACCCGGGCACCCAGCGGUGGGUGGCCCAGGGGCUGGUCUCAUGGGGCGGGCCGGAAGAGUGCGGGAGCAAGCAAGUGUACGGGGUGUACACCAAAGUGUCGAACUAUGUGGACUGGGUGGAGGAGCACGUGGGCGCCUCUGGGAGGUGGACAUUGCCGGACCCCCAGCUGGAGAGAUGAGCUUGUCCGAGCUCAGCCAGCGGGCAGGACUCUGGCUGGACUCCGUCACACUCCAGGCCUCAACCGGUCCCUCCUUCCCCGUAUCCCGUCGUCCCCAUGUGUCCAUGCUCCCCCAGUUGGAGCCCACUCCAGCCCCAGCCCCGAUGGCAGCAGAGAGGCCACGAGCUAGGGGAGCGAUGGAGACAGAACGGCCCCUUUCAUCUGGACACGUGGAGUCCCUUUGUGCCAGAUCCCUCUGCUCGCUCUCCAUGCCCGCUUUGGGGGGGAAGCCCACAAGAUCCUCAUCACGCCACCUUCGCUGGAGCGGAGUCGCAGGAGCUGCCGACAGAGCGUGUUUUCUCUGCAGCAUCCAGAGCCAUUUUUAGGCCCAGCCCUCCCGUCCUGCCCUGCCGCCCCGCAAGGAGCUCGGGGGGGGGGUGUUUAAAACCAUCUGUCCCAUCCCUCCUGGCAUUUUUGGGCUAGGUUUAGUGGCUGGCGCAGAGCUAGCCGGCCUGAUUCUGAUCUCCUUUACAGCGGUGUCAACCCAAAGCCACUCCACUUCUCCAGUCACUCCAGGAUCUGCCCCGGUGCAGCUACCAAACCACAGGAUUGAAUGGCAGGUUUGGAAGGACGCUCAGGAGAGCACAUCUAGUCCAUCCCCCUGCUCAGGGCCUGAGGGGCCAGCUGGCCGCAAACCACGGAUGGAGCCACGAACCUGUGCUCACAGAGACCCGACCCCCGGCAGCCCCGAACCCUGUCUCUGGGUGAAACUCCUCUCCGAGUCUGGACGCCCUGGCAGAGAGAACUUCACCCCUGGUGGGACCAGCCCUCGCAACCUCCCUGCCUGAGGCUCAGCUCUGAGAUGGAGAAAACCAAGGAGAGACCCAGCUUCUGAGGUCGGAAACAACAAAACCCAAGGGAGAAGGCAGGCCCCAGAGACAGAAAGUGACUUGACCAAGGCCCCAUGGUGAAUCUGUGGCAGAGAUGUUCAGCCCUGUGGUUCUUUUUCUCCCCGCUGUAUGAUCCUGCCUCUCUGCUUUCCUAGGGGCCCAGGGAGCCCCUGUGUGCCCUGCCUGCUUAGCAAGCAGGCAUCCCCUUUCCUCCCUCAGCCCAAGGCGCGGGCUGCAAAGUGAUGUGCUGAGAUUCACCUUGGUGGAUGCACCUGCAAUUCAGCGGGCCACGUUGUCUCCACUCCUCCUGUUGUGCCUGGAGGUAGCGCCUGUCACCCUCAGUGCCUUGCAAGGAGGAAUCCCCGUAUUAGCAAACCACACCAGCGAGAUGGAGCGGAGCCAGCCCUGCAAGGAGAGAGGGGGAAGGUGGCACCAGGGGUGCUCAUGCGGGCAUGCACUGCGAUGCCUUCCCUCUCCUGACUCACUGCUCUGGUGCAGGCCUUUUUCAUGGGCAUUUGCAAGCCUGCCCUGGGCCUCUGGGUUUUACACCCCAUGGCAUCUGCUUCGAGCCUGGAGCUUUCUCUGGGAAGCUCCCAGCAUCCAUCCAGCAGCCGGUGGGCCCCGAGUGGGGCUGCUGCCAGCCUGAAGGCCCCUUCUGCCUUCAUCAUCUCGGACCCUAGGAGCCAGAUCUAUCCCUGGCUUUCCCCUUUGAAGAGCUCUGCUCCACCAACCCCUACCCCGGGGUGAAGUGAGGCGGCACUUGCCAAGAGCCUGGCCUGCCCAGAGCCCAGUCCCCUGAGUGAGUCCUAACAUUUUGGUGGGGGCUUGGAGAGGUCAAUUCUUCCCCUUCCUUUCUUCUCAUCUCCUCCCCAACACCUUCCCUCCCCUCUCACAUCCUCCCCCUCCCUGGCCAGAGAGCAAAGACAAGGGGCCUGCAUUUGCCCCAUGGGGUUGUAGUCACUUACAGGACCAAAUGUGUGCUGGGGGUGCAGAAAAGUCCCCCUCUGAGUCCAGGAGAAGUCUAGGUGCCUCCCCACUACACCAUCUGCCUGACACUCCUCCCCGCUGGCGUAUCUCACCCUGGGCAUCUCUCCAAGCCAGAAGAGAUGCCCUUUGGGGCAGGGCCUUGUUGUCUUUGCACGCUUGCCAAGCCCCCGACACACUUCCAUAUCGAGCGGGCACCUGCUCCGUUGGACGCCUGCAGCUCCCACCGGGCCAAACCUCAGUCUAACUGGGUUUUACUCCCUCCAUGGGAGUCUCCCCGGAGUCAGGGGCAAGACCCCCUGCCCCUUGAGGCUGCCAGCACUGAAGCCAGGACCAUGCUGCCCAAGCCAUACCUUUAUGUUACCCACGUGCCGCGAACUGUACUCCGUUUGCCUUCGCGUAGCUAGACGAUAUGAUAUUGUUGACAUAUUUUUGUACGGCCUUCUGUCAAGCGCCUCGUGUUACGUAUGUACGGUCUGUAUUAUCCUUCCUGAGAACCAAAUAAAGACGCUUGUGUGGA